AGGCCUGCUAGUAAACUGCAGUCACCGGCUGGCUCCUGUUUUCAGCGGGGGAGGGUUUCGCUAGACAGCUGUAGUAGGGGCGAUUGUUCCCUUGAUUAAAAGUAGCCAGCAGGAACCUGCGGGUUAGAAAGCAAGAGUUUUGACGAAACUUUAUUUUGAAGGGUUUUGACAAGAGAGACUAUCAUAUAAUGGAAUACAAAAACCGAAACAAGGUGUCAGGCCUGUGGCCAACGUUGCUUCCUUCAGCUUGCUAACUAUUAGCUAGUUGUUCCCAUUGAUGUGUGUAGCUAGAUUCGUCAGUUUAGCCAGCUAGCUUGUGUUGUUGUUGUGGGUCCAUAAUACACGGGACCUGGUUGGUUCUACCGCACAUUGUUGUAAUUUUUCUAAAACUUUUUUAAAAGUUAUUGCUUGUUAAGGUAUCUAUCCCGAGAGAAACAUUCUCUGUUAUCUUUCUCUGAAAUCAAAAGUCGAGCAGUGUGUGUCUUUUAAGACAAAGUGAUUUGCGCUUUGCCAAGUUAAUUUGACAGGCGUUUUGUUUUUGUUGGUAACUGUCCUCGGCUCAGAAUUAAAGACCGGACCUUUUUCCCCCCCUUCUCCAUCCAACCCUGCUACCAACCGGACAGUACCACGUUAGUCUGUCUGACACCAGGAGCUGACCACACAUCACUGCCUGCUCAAUGGAGGAACAUGACAACAUGGACUAUUUAUAUCAGCAGGUCCUGCAGAAAGACGUUACCCGCAGGUUGCAGGUCGGGCAGGAUUUAAUAGACUACCUGAACGACCCGCAGAGGUCCUCCGAUGUGGAACAAGACAAACCCCGGCUGGAUAAAACCAUAGAUGAGCUGACGGGAUGGGUCAACGCCAGCAACUACAAGGUGGCGUUGUUGGGGAUAGACAUUGCCGGGGCGUUCGUCGAUCGCCUGGGGGAACACUUUAGAGGAUACCUGGGAACAGUGGUCCCAGCCCUCGUGGACAGGUUGGGGGACAGUAAGGACCAGGUCAGAGAACAGAGUCAGAGUCUUAUCCUCCGCUGUAUGGAAGUGACCGCAUCGCCUAUGUAUGUGUGGGAGAGGUUGCUUCCUGGUUUUAAACAUAAGAACUUCCGCAGCAGAGAGGGGGUGUGUCUGGUUCUCUGCGCCACGCUCAACACGUAUGGUGCUCAGCCGUUGCGUCUCAGUAAGAUCGUUCCCCACCUCUGCACUCUAACGGGAGACCAGAACCCACAGGUCCGUGAGGCUGCCACAACAUCUAUGGUGGAUGUCUAUCGCCACGUAGGGGAGAGAGUCAGAGCCGACCUGGGAAAGAGUGGCCUGCCUGCCGCAAGGUUACAGACAAUAUAUGGGCGUUUUGACGAAGCUUUGAAUUCUGGGAACAUGGCGCUCAGCCCCAGUCACGACCGUAGUUUUGAUGAUGAUGCAGACAGUGCAGAUGGGAACCGUGCUCAGGCUGCCUUCAAGGUCCCCAAGGUCCCCAAGAAGUCUGCAGAGUCCUCUGCUGCACGAAGACCCAACACUACGGCUUCCAAGAUCGGAGGUGCGUCUAAGGAUGGAACCGGGGGCAUCGAUGAAGAAGACUUCAUCAAAUCUUUCACUGACGUCCCCACAGUACAGAUCUACUCAUCUCGUGACCUGGAGGAUAACCUGAAUAAGAUCAGAGAGAUCUGUUCUGAUGACAAACAUGACUGGGACCAGAGAGCUGCUGCAAUGAAGAAGAUCCGCUCGCUGAUUGUUGCCGGGGCAACUGAGUACGAGUGUUUCUACCAACACCUGAGGCUGUUGGACGGAGCAUUCAAACUGUCAGCUAAAGACCUCCGAUCACAGGUGGUACGAGAGGCCUGCAUCACUGUGGCUCACCUGUCGACAGUGUUGGGUACUAAGUUUGACCAUGGGGCUGAGGGCAUUCUUCCUGUCCUGUUCAACCUCAUCCCUAACUGUGCCAAGGUUAUGGCCACUUCAGGGGCGUCUGCUAUACGCUUCAUCAUACGGCACACACACGUUCCCAGACUCAUCCCCCUGAUCACCAGUAACUGCACCUGCAAGUCUGUGGCCGUCAGACGGAAAUGUUUUGACUUCUUGGACCUGCUUCUACAGGAGUGGCAGACCCAGACUCUGGAGAGACACACAGCGGUGAUGGUCGCCAGCAUUAAGAAGGGAAUCGCAGAUGCCGACGCAGAGGCCAGGGUAGAGGCCCGCAAGGCAUACUGGGGUCUUAGGAACCAUUUCCCGGCGGAGGCAGACUCUCUGUUCAACUCGUUAGAACCGUCCUAUCAGAAGAGCCUCCAAUCGUCUCUCAAGAGUUCUGGGAGCGUGACGUCUCUUCCUCAGAGCGACCGCUCCUCUUCCUCAUCACAGGAGAGCCUUAAUCGUCCUCUGUCAUCUAAAUGGUCAGCCGCUCCUGGAAGAGUCCCUGCGGGUCAUAAGGGCGGGGCGUCGCCGGGCUCCCUACAGCGUUCCCGUAGCGACGUAGAUGUUAAUGCGGCAACGGUUGCUAAGCAGCGGCACAUCGGGCAGGUGGGGCCAGUGAGACUGAACCCCGGCUCCUACUCCUCAUUGGAUGAUGCCUCAGAUAAAACAGAUGGUCGUCUGAGGACCAAGCAGCCUCUCACCACGGCAACCAGUGUCAGCCACGUGGACUCCCGGGGACGCAGCCGCACCAAGAUGGUGUCCCAGUCACAACCCGGCAGUCGGAGUGGUUCCCCGGGUCGCGUCCUGACCAGCACCGCUCUGAGUACUCUGGGUUCUGGAGCCCAGAGGGUCCUAGCUGGGGCCGGAGGGAGACGUAGCCGCAUCCCCCGCAGCCAGGGCUGCUCACGAGACUCCUCCCCUACACGCCUGUCUGUCGCUCCCUCCAGUGUUAGUUCCAUCUCCAAAGCAACGAGCAGAGGAGCUCGGGGCAGUCGUAUUCCUCGCCCCAGUAUGAGUCAGGGCUGCAGUAGGGAGGCCAGCAGAGAGAGCAGCAGAGACACCAGCCCUGUGCGUUCCUUUACACCUCUGGCAUCGCGCCACUACUCUCGCUCCACCGGAGCUCUCCACACCGCCGACGCUUUAGGGGCCGCAGGGGCAGGGUACAGUAUCAGUCAAUCCAGCCAUCUGUCAUCGUCAGUCAGCACCAUGAGAGUUCUCACUGGAUCUGAUAUAGAGGAGGCCCUCGCUGACGCCCUGCUGUUGGGGGACAUAACAUCCAAGAAGAAGCCAGCGCGGCGUCGCUAUGAGAACUAUGGGAUGUAUUCGGAUGAUGAUGCUAACAGUGACGCGUCCAGCGCCUGCUCAGACCGCUCCUACAGCUCCAGGAACGGAGGAGUCAUCCCUACGUACAUGAGACAGACUGAAGACGUGGCCGAGGUAUUGAACCGCUGUGCCAGUGCCAAUUGGUCGGAGAGGAAGGAGGGGCUUCUGGGUCUACAGGCUCUACUGAAGAAUCAACGCACCCUCAGUCGUGUGGAGCUGAAGAGGUUGUGUGAGAUUUUCACCAGGAUGUUUGCAGACCCCCACAGUAAGCGAGAAUCCGGAUCUAAGGUCUAUGGAACGGCAGAAUCCGGUAUAAGCUCAGCCUCCUUCAAGGUGUUCAGUAUGUUCUUGGAGACCCUAGUGGACUUUGUCCUGGUGCACAGAGAAGACCUGCAGGACUGGCUGUUCGUCCUGCUCACCCAGCUGCUGAAGAAGAUGGGAGCUGACCUGCUGGGGUCUGUCCAGGCCAAGGUCCAGAGAGCACUGGACAUCACACGAGAGUCUUUCCCCAACGACCUCCAGUUCACUAUCCUCAUGAGGUUCACUGUGGACCAGACUCAGACACCAAACCUCAAGGUGAAGGUGGCUGUUCUGAAGUACAUUGAGACCUUGACCCUGCAGAUGGAGCCUCGGGACUUUGUGAACUCCAGUGAGACGCGCCUGGCUGUGUCUCGCGUCAUCACCUGGACCACAGAGCCCAAGAGCUCCGACGUCAGGAAGGCGGCCCAGUCCGUACUGAUCUCCUUGUUCCAGUUGAACUCUCCAGAGUUCACCAUGCUGCUGGCAGCCCUGCCCAAGACCUUCCAGGACGGAGCCACCAAACUGCUACAGAACCACCUGAGGAACACCGGCAACACUGCACAGGCCCAAAUGGGAAGCCCCAUGACACGCCACACCCCCCGCUCUCCUGCCAGCUGGUCCAGCCCUCUCACCUCUCCUACCAACACGUCACAGAACACAUCCACACUCGGCGCGUUUGACUACGACACAGAGAACAUGAACUCUGACGACAUCUACAGUAGUCUGAGAGGAGUUACAGAGGCCAUUCAGAACUUCUCCGUCCGCAGCCAGGAAGACAUGAACGAAACGGGUGGUGGUGCUGACCAAGUGGAUGCAGUCCGCACUGCUCUGGACAACAAGACUUCUCUUCUGAACACCCCCCUGCUCUCCUCUUCUCCCCGGGGGUCCCGAGACCCCUUUACAGACUCCCCCUUUAAACACAACGUCAAAGAUACUUCAUUGGACGAAUCAGACCAGCAAACUGAUGACAGCAGCAUUGACCAAUCAGAGCUGGUGACUGAGCUGCUGAAGGAGCUGUCCAAUCACAAUGAGCGUGUGGAAGAGAGAAAGGUGGCGCUUUGUGAUCUCCUGAAGCUGAUUCGAGAAAACACCCUGCAGGUCUGCUGGGACGAACACUUCAAAACCAUUCUCCUGUUACUACUGGAGACGCUGGGGGACAGAGAGCAUGUGAUCAGGGCGUUAGCUCUGCGUGUUCUGAGGGAGAUUCUGAGCCGCCAGCCCUGGCGGUUCAAGAACUACGCUGAACUCACCAUCAUGAAGGCCCUGGAGGCACACAGGGACCCACACAAAGAGGUGGCGCGAGCGGCAGAGGAGACUGCAGCCAUGCUGGCGUCGUCCAUCAGUCCAGACCAGUGUGUCAAGGUGUUGUCUCCCAUCAUCCAGUCAGCUGACUACCCCAUCAACCUGGCUGCCAUCAAGAUGCAGACCAGAGUAAUAGAGAGGGUCCCCCACCACGGACUCGUCACCAUGCUGCCGGAGAUAGUCCCCGGACUCAUACAGGGUUAUGACAACGCGGAGAGCAGUGUGAGGAAGGCCUGUGUAUUCUGUCUGGUGGCCCUCUAUGCAGUCAUAGGGGAGGAGCUAAAACCUCACCUCAACCAACUGUCUGGCAGCAAGUUGAAGUUGUUGAAUCUGUACAUCAAGCGUGCCCAGUCAGGCUCCAGUGGUGGUGAGCCCCCACCAGACAGCCUAUAGAACCGACAGGUGGACAGCGCCCCACACAGGACAACCAUGGAACUGCACUCUCCCUCUGGAGACUUAACACACAUGGACACACUCUUACAUGGAUGGAUAAACACACACACACACACACACGCUUACUGACAUGCUUACAUGAACAUGCUAAUAUGAAGGCACAGACUGACACACAUACACACUGUCCUGGACACAAACUCCCAUUGCCUCUUUGUUGCCUACUACAAUGCACUCUGGGAUACGGUGCAGAAGAGAGGAUUGUUGUAGUUCCCUUCACAAACAUGGAAGAUCCACCCUGUUCUCUGAGACUCACCCCUGAUCUCUACACACCUAACCACACCCUCUGAUGAUGCACUAGCCACACACCCCCAGCCAGGAUGGAUGGCUAGAGAGGAAGGGAGGGGAGAGGUGAGGUAUCUGCAUUCUGCAGACCGGUGUGUUUAUGUCUGAGACAGAGAGUGGGGGGGGGUUUAUAUUUCUGAGGUCAGUCCAUCUGUCAUGGUGGUCGAGUGUGUUUAUGUCUGAGACAGAGAGUGGAGGGGGUGUAUAUUUCUGAGGUCAGUCCAUCUGUCAUGGUGGUCGAGUGUGUUUAUGUCUGCGACAGAGAGUGGAGGGGGUGUAUAUUUCUGAGGUCAGUCCAUCUGUCAUGGUGGUCGAGUGUGUUUAUGUCUGCGACAGAGAGUGGAGGGGGUGUAUAUUUCUGAGGUCAGUCCAUCUGUCAUGGUGGUCGAGUGUGUUUAUGUCUGAGACAGAGAGUGGAGGGGGUUUAUAUUUCUGAGGUCAGUCCAUCUGUCAUGGUGGUCGAGUGUGUUUAUGUCUGCGACAGAGAGUGGGGGGGGGUGUAUAUUUCUAAUGUCAGUCAGUCCAUCUGUCAUGGUGGUCUAGUGUGUUUUAACCCCUGAAACUCUGAAGGCACACUAACCCCUACGUAGUGCACUACUUUUGGCCACUACAUACGCCUCUGGUCAAUCUAUAUAGGGAGUAGGGUCCUCCUCCGUGAGCAGUUAGGUCAUAACUGUUCAUAACAACUACGUAGGCAAUGAGUGUAAGGUAUGGGAGGCGGAAUGUGCUCAGCUAUACAUGACAGUGAUUUUAACUCUUUAUCCAGAACCUAUUUACUGUCACAGUGGAAGGGAGAGGAUGAAAUUAGUUAACCAUGUCCACCCCUUUCAGAGAAGUCCAUGGUACCUUCCACUGCUUUCCUGCCAUGUCUUGGAUGAGCACAUUUCAGACAAGGGGGGGGGGGGAGACAUGGCUUAUUAUUAUCACCUAAUGGAUAUGCC